CUGCAGACGUACGCCAGCUUGCCGUUGGCAUCCGAUGUGCCGGCGAGUGGAGUUGCAAUGACAGGUGUUCUCGUGUCAGAUCAGAACGGAAGUUAAUCAUUGGUGCGUGUGUGUGUAUGUGUUUCGCGGUAACGUGUGUUUACUCUCAUGAGUUGCGAGUGUUUUGACGGCUGCGGCUUUCAACGGGAUUUGUUUUGGAAUGGAUUUAAUUCCCGCAUGUAGUGUUUGGAUAUUAUGAGAAAAGAAGGUCGUGUGCUUCGGGAGCAACUAUGUUCCGCUCCACUCGGCUGAAGAUAACGGACUUGAACCCGCACUUGUCUUGCAUCUUAUGCGGUGGAUAUUUCAUCGAUGCCACCACUAUUACGGAAUGCCUGCAUUCCUUUUGCAGGGCUUGCAUUGUCCGCUAUUUGGAGACCAGCAAGUACUGUCCUGUUUGCGAAGUACAGGUUCACAAGUCCAGACCUUUGCAUUACAUUCGGUCGGACAAAACUCUGCAGGAUAUCGUGUACAAACUGGUUCCAGGUCUUUUUCACAAUGAGAUGAAAAGACGAAGAGAGCUUUAUGCAUCUCAACCACCUGAAGCUCUGAAAGAGUCACGUGAUGCCGAAGACAGAGGAGAGUGUCUGGAUGAAAAAUUCAUAUACGCGUCAGACGAGAUCUUCAGUCUUUCUGUGGAAUAUGGAAGUGAAAAUGAAAAUCAAGACAGUUCGACAAAACAAUCUAGUGAAAAUGUGCCAAAAAGGCGAUUUCUGCGUUGCCCAGCAGCUGUGACCGUAGCCCACCUUAAAAAAUUCAUCCGAAUGAAAUAUGGAAUUCCGAAUUCGUAUGAAGUUGAUUUGCGGUAUGAUAAGGAAUCUCUGCAGGACGAUUAUACUCUAAUGGAUGUAGCAUACAUAUUUCUUUGGAGAAGGAGCGGACCAAUGAGGUUUUUCUACAGAAUCAUCGAACGACCUCCGAAAAAAUUGAAAACACAUCAUAGAUAUGUUUCUAAAGAAUCAGAAACAGAAAAUGUAGCUCCAGCGACGCUGGACACCACAUCUGAAGUAGCAAUGGAGGAAAAUACAGCGAUUUCUACUGCACAAGCUGUAGUUCCUACAACCCCUUCCAUACCUGAGAAAGAAGACAGCAUUCCUUGUCCUGAAACUGUCAGUGAAGACAAAAGCAGCCAGGAAAAACCAACUGAAAUUGAUCCUAAGCCAGAAGUUUCUCCGAUCAAUCCACCAGUGAGUGAAGCAGAUGAUAUUAAAGACAAUUCUCCUAUCACACAUAAUUCUCAUAAGAAGGAAACGAAGGGACCAACUUUUAAAUUUCAUUCUGCUAGUGCGAAUAAAUCAGGCACCAGUGCUGAAAAUAAGCCAGCAGUAAUGACUGUAGCACCUUUGACUAAGACUUCAACGUCUUUUGCUACAUCGAGUACAACAGUGUCGACUGGUACUGUGACGCAUGGGUUGUACACCGGUAUUUCAAUCAAAAAAUCGCCUCCAAAUACUUUGCCCCCUUUUAGAAUUUCUUCUCAUCUAUUGCCACCCCGAGUACCUCCUUUAAAACUAUCGCCACCGCGAUUUUCGCGGUUGGAAUCGUGCCUCCGCCAAAUGUCGCCCAAAGAAACUAAGAAAUCUUCUUCAAAAAAGUCCAAAUCAUCCAGAGGUUCAAGUGACAAAUUAGAAUCUAAAGUUGCCCAACUGAAGUCGGCCUCAAUCAAGAGUGUUGCUCCUCUUGUUAUAUCCGUCCCCUCUGAACCUAAAUGUGCCGAAAGGAAAGAGAGUGACGAAGACAGUGCCACACCGCAGGAACCUGCGCCUGUCAAGCCUGUGGAAGAAGAACGGCCUAUAAUUGAAGAAAAUCACCAGGACACCAAAAGUAACCCUGACGAUGACAAGAUGGAUUUGGAUAACGAUAUUUUUGAAGGACCAUUAGUGAUUGCGGAACCGGACGUGAUAUCCAAAGAUGAUUCUGAGAAUUUCGAGAAUAAACUGCCUGACAUCACUCCUAAGACUGAUUCGAAAUUGGAGGAUCCUGAAGAUGAGGAAAUAGAUGUCGUUGACGACGGCGAAGUGGACAGCGGUCGAGGUAGUGAUAUCAGCAGUCGAGCUGAAGCGCGUUCUUUGUGCGGUGAUGAAGAUUUAGGUUCCCCUGAGUCGGUUCCAAAGACUCCUGACUCAGAACGACAGCCAUCGAUUUCUAUCUCUACAAAUGCAUCUGUUAACGAAACCGAAACAAAGACAGUUGUGGCAAAUAAAUGCAAUGGUAUUGCCGUUACCACCAAUUCUUCAUCAACUACAACAAAUGUGAAUAGUGACUGUGGAGUAUUGGACUUGUCCACCUGUAGUAGGAAACGGUGUCAUGAAGGCGACGCACCUGUGCAUCGUUCCAAACAGGUUGCAAAUCCAGCAGUGCUAGAACACAGUCGCCAGACAACACCCUGUCGGACGGAACAUCCGUCUUAUAAAAUGUUACCCGCUGUGCUUCCACAUGUGAAUAUGUACAAGAACAAACCAGAGACCACUAGUCGCAAUUUUAAGUGCCGAGGAAAUACAUUGACUGUCAUCAACUCUGACCCUAAUGGCAAUAUACCAAAGAUUGUUAUACGGAAUCUAGGUCCGAGACCGGAUCGUGGUCAUGAGCGCUUUCAUCAUCAUCAUCAUCAUCACCAUCAUCAAAGAAUGUAAAUAUGCAUUAACUUUUCUCCAGGACAAAUGUGAAUCGGCUUAGGAUGAUUCUAAGAUGAUCAAGUACCUAAAGCUAGCUUAUUAGAUCAUGCUUAUGUGUUGGUGUUGAUCACGAAUCAAGACAACUAAACUGGUUAGCUAUAGCUGAAAGCUCUCAGAUUUGCUUCUUAUUAGUUCUUAGGCAAAAGUUAACAUCUUCAUCGAACCAACUAAGCUCCUUUGAUUAUACUAUCCCAUCACCUUUGUAAAUUUUUAUUGAUUUGGAAAUGAAAAUAAUUUCUCCUAUAUAUUUUGUGCUAUCAGGGCCAAAAAAAAAAAAAAAAAAAAAAAAGAAGAAGAAGAAGUUCAUGUAUUUCGAGCCUGUAAAAUUUUUUAUUUCACUUAAAUAUUUUGAUUUUACUUAAAUAUUUUAAUUUUUGACUUAAAUAUUAUUCGUUUAAAAAAACUCACUUAAGUAUUUUGAUUAUUCUUUAACUGUUCAAGUAAAUUUUUUUAUUUGUUGAUUUCAAUUAAUAUUUCAAAUACAAUUCUUAUUAAAUUAAAUAUUUCGCGAUUUUGAUUUAUUUUUUAAUUGUUGACUUCAAUUAAAUAGUUCGAGUACAAAACAUCUUUAAAAAAUAUUCAUAUAUGUGUAUUGAUUUUUUAGCUAGAAAUUUCUCGCUGGCAUGAAAAUCUUGCUCUUUUUUGAUAAUUUAGCUAUCAAAUCAAAUUUUAUCUAUUAAAUUUUUUGCGAUGUAAAAAAUUAUAGUUUUUAUUAUGUGUACAAUAUAGCUAGUUCCAAAUUGAUGUUAUUUAUAUUCUGAUUUUGUUUUUUAUGUUGUAUUAAUAUUUGUGCAUAUGUUACAAAUGAAGUUUUUGUAGCUUCAUAUUUUGAGUUAUGUUUAUCAAAAAUGUUUUAAAUGUGUGGUAAAUUAUUUAUAUUUUUAUGAUAAAUUAUCAAAAUUAAUGAAGAUUUUAAAUCUUUAUCACGUAUGAAUUAGAAUUAAAAAAAUAAAAAGAGGGAAAUGCUUAUAUAUUACUGUAAUAACUGUAACAUUUUACGAAAUUCUUAUUUUAUUAUUGAUUAUUUAGUUUGAAAUUAUUAAAUUGAUUAUUUAGUUUGAACUGAUAUUGCUGCACAUGAUAAAACAAUUUUUGCUUUUUAUUUUCAAAAUUAAAAAUCCAUUUUUCCCUAUUUUAAUGCGCGUAACUGCAAAUUUCUAUCAGGUUUAUAAAUUAUACUUAAAGUGUGGUAUAAGUUAGGUUAAGUAAUCUAUUACUCGAAAAAAAAAAAAAAAAAAAAAAA